AUGACCGGAAGCAAUAUUGGGUCUCCAUGGAACAAGCCUCGAACAUUCUACUACCUUAUCCGCCAAGUUAGCGGUAAGCCCUCAACACUGAGUGACUCUGUUUGCGACGUGAACGGCGGCUUUAUUGCUGACAACUCAGACAAAGUCGGGCGCUGGCGUGAGCACUUCGAGCACCAUCUCAACUUCCAUACCCAAUCCACCACGCCCUUGAUCUCAUUUUCAACGCAGUUUCUUCCCUCUGUCACCUAUGCAGUGCCAUGCGAUCCCCCCUCCGAGGAAGAAGUCGCCGAUGCCAUACGAAAGUUACGCAACAAGAAGGCCCUUGGAGAGGACGGUAUACCCGCUGAAAUCCAAAAGUCUCGUGUCAACACUCUGGCGCCCUAG